AUGGCAAAAACACUCCAAAACAAAGUCGCCAUCGUCAGCGGCUCCUGCUCAGGUAUAGGCGUCGCAAUAGUACGCGAGCUAUCCUCUCGCGGCGCAUACACAGUCGUGAACUAUCCAUUCUCCGAUCUAAAAGAGCAAGCCGAGCAUCUGGUUUCCUCACUCCCUACACCAUCCCUCGCAGUCGAAGCAGAUAUGUCACAAAUAGAGAGUCCUAAACGCCUCGUCGACGCCGCAGUAUCCCAAUGGGGUCAGAUAGACAUUGUGGUCAACUCCGUGGGGCUUGCAGUUAACAAGCCAUUUGAGGAGCAAACGCUAGAAGACUGGGACUUGCUUGUUAAUGUGAAUGCGCGUGGAACGUUUCUGUUAACGCAGGAAUGCCUCAAGCAUUUAACCAAGGGUACAGGGAGGAUUGUUAAUAUUGCGAGUAUAUCUGCCCGAGGACCGCCGCCGAACCAGACGAUCUAUAGCGGGACGAAGGGGAUGAUUGAUUCUUUCACCAAGUGCUGGGCCAAAGAGCUGCCCCCGAAAUACGGGUGCACUGUUAACGCCGUUAGCCCUGGGCCGACAAAGACCGAGGGCUUUGCAGAUGCUGGCGAGGAGCAGAUGAAGAUUCUCCAGCCGAUUAUUGACCAGACGCCUGUUGGGCCUCGAAUGGGCGAGCCUGAUGAGAUUGCCUUUGCGGUGGCCUUUUUGUGUGAGGAGCGGGCGCGGUGGAUUAAUGGGACGCACAUAAUUGCGUCUGGGGGGUUGUUUAUUGAUUGA